CGCUCCGAGUGUAAAAUGAGCUGGACCGAGGAGCUGCGCAGCCGUCAGUUCUGGCGAGCCAUGAUGGCGGAGCUGAUCGGCACGCUGGUGCUGGUGAGCGCCGUGCUGGGUGCUUCUGUACCGGGCCCCGGGGAGGCCCCCCAGGGCCCCUUGAACCCGGCGGUGGCCGUCGGGGCGGUGAUUGUCGCGCUGGGACAUUGUUUUGGGGAAAUAAGCGGCGCACAGGUCAACCCUGCAGUUACUUUGUCCCUGCUGGCCACAAGGAGGCUGGAUGUCCUGAGGGCUCUGGUUUAUAUCACCGCCCAGUGUUUGGGGGCUUCGUUGGGGGCCGGGGCCCUGUACUUGGCUUUGCCCCUCAAAAGCACUGCAGACUACUUCGUCAGCAGGGUGCCCCUGGAAGUGAAUGCAGCGCAGGCCCUCGGCGUCGAGGUCUUGUGCACCUUCCAGUUGGUUUUCACCGUGUUCUCAGUUGAGGCCCAGCGACGGAAGGAAAGCCCAGAACCGGGAAAUCUGGCGAUCGGGCUGGCCCACACUGCUGGAGUGUUGAUCGGGGCUCGGUUCUCUGGUGCCAGUAUGAACCCUGCACGCUCUCUGGGUCCAGCCAUGGUCACGGGAUUUUGGGAAAACCAUUGGGUGUACUGGAUCGGACCGGUCAUCGGUGCAGUUCUGGCCGGCGUGUCCCACGAGUUCUUCUUCGCGCAGAGCGCCUCCCGCCAGAAGCUGGUGGCGUUCCUGACGUGCAAGGACAUCGAGAUCGUGGAGACCACCAGCAUGACCGGCUCGUCGCUGUCCACGGUCACUCAGCACGCCGCCAGGGCCAAGCAGGGCCACAAACAAGACAACAACUGAGGCCGCCGAGCGGGGAAUACGCAAACGAGCGCGGGACGCCGUCGGAGGGCUGAGCGCGUUUCCUCUCGUUUGCAAGGACGGAGGCGGCGUUGUCACGUUUGCACUUCAUUAGACGGCACAAUGCAGGCCCAAUCGAAACCCUCCUGCAAACCCAGCCGAGCCCACCGUCGCUGUUCUUGUUGUUGUUGUGUUGCACGCCGAGGCCGGCAAGCCUUUGAAAUGCUAAAGAGCUUCGUUGACGCUCUUAGUUCCUGCCCAUGAGUGUCGG